GAGCGAUCAGCGGCGCAUGUAACGCAUAUAAGUUCAGCUGUGGCCGCCCUCGGACUCCCAUGGCGCGUGGAAAACAAUUCAGUGCCAGAAACCAGAGUCGACCGGAACCCUCAGACCGCAGGCUUCAUCCUCCACCAUGCCACAGGCUACACAGCUGCAGAGGCUCCCGGGCUUCAACGUGGCCAACCAUUUGGAGAAGCGGAAGCUCCUGAUCGCCAUCAACUGCAUUGCCGGCUUGUCCAUCUUCUUCUUUGGCUAUGAUCAGGGCAUGAUGGGCGGCGUCAACAAUGCGAAGCACUACAUCGAUCUGAUGGGCUUCGGCUACGUUGAUCCAGAGACCGGCGAGCCGGUGGUUACGGAUAGCCUACUGCAGGGUGGUAUCGUCUCGGUCUACUACCUGGGCACCCUCUUCGGCUGUCUGCUGGGCGGAUGGGUCGGCGACAAGACGGGCCGCAUCAGAACCAUUGCGUUCGGCUCCCUGUGGGCUAUCGUCGGGGCGAGUCUGCAGUGCUCGGCUCAGAAUGCAAACUGGAUGAUCUGCGCUCGGGCGGUCAACGGCAUCGGCACAGGCAUCCUCAACGCCAUUGUGCCCGUCUGGGCGACCGAGACGGCCGAGUACACAUCCCGCGGUCAGUUCAUCUCCAUCGAGUUCACGCUCAACAUAUUGGGCGUCGUGGUUGCCUACUGGCUCGAGUUUGGCCUGUCCUUCAUCGACGGCGGCGCGUCGGCCUUUCGCUGGAGAUUCCCCAUCGCCUUUCAGAUCAUCCCGCUGCUCUUUCUCCUCGCCGCGGUCUGGUUCUUCCCCGAAUCCCCCCGUUGGCUGGCCAAGAUGGACCGCGACGACGAAGCUCUCUUCAUCCUGCAGCGGCUCCGGGGAACCGACGCGGCGGGUCUGGCGCAGGCACAGGCCGAGUACCACGAUAUCCGCAACGUAGUCGCCCUGGAGCGGGAAGAGGCCAACAUGAACUCGUACUGGCGCCUGUUCACCGGCAUCGGCUCCGGGGAGUUGCACGUCGGCCGGCGCGUGCAGCUCGUCAUCUGGCUGCAGAUCAUCCAGGAGUGGGUGGGCAUCGCCGGCGUCACCGUCUAUGCGCCCACCAUCUUCCGCAUCGCCGGCUUUGGCACCGAGAAGUCGCAGUGGAUUAGCGGUCUCAACAACAUCUUUUACAUGUUCGCCACCCUGAUUUGCGUCUUCACUCUCGACCGCAUCGGUCGGCGCUGGACGCUCUACUGGGGCGCUGUCGGCCAGGGUAUCGCCAUGUUCCUCGCCGGCGGCUUCUCUCGCCUGGGCGAAGAUGCCCGUGCCGCCGGCGACCUGUCUAAAGCCGGCUCGUACGGCGCUGCCGCUGCGUCUUUCGUCUUUAUCUUCACCUCCGUCUUCGGCGCCACGUGGCUGACUGUUCCCUGGCUCUACCCCGCCGAGAUCUUCCCGCUGCAGAUCCGCGCCCGCGGCAACGCUCUCGGCGUCUUCGGCUGGUCCAUCGGCAACGGUUGGCUGACUCUGCUGUGCCCCGUGAUGUUCAACGCCAUCGGCGAGAAGACGCUCUACAUCUUUGGCGCCUGCAACGUCGUGGCCAUCCCCAUCGUCUGGGCCCUUUACCCUGAAACCAACCAGCGCACCCUCGAGGAGAUUGACUUGCUUUUCUCGGCCCCGACGCCGUGGACGUGGGACGCCGAGGCGGCCUUUGCGCGCAUGAAGCAAGAGCGGCCUGACCUGAUUGAGGCCGCACAUCGAGGACAGGGGGUUUUGGGUGUCAAGAAGUUGGCUGACUCGGACGGUGGGCACGUUGAGAACUCGAACUCGUCUUCAAUUGCAUAGGUGCAUGGUGCGUGAAACGCCUUCAAGCAAGCCCUUGCACCAGUUGUUCUAGGAGGGUUAUGAGCACAGGGUUUAGAGUAGAUUUAUGUUUGCUCGAAACCGGUGUAGACGAGAAUUCUAAGCAGAAACUUGGAGACAUACGGCGUCGUCGACAAUACCUACCCGACCUUAACUGUGACAUUGACACAAGGCAAAUAUUCUU